GCCGCCAAAAGAUGAGCACGAAGGGAAGCCGCGCCAGUUACCUACGACCGGAAGUCACGUGGUCAGAUUCCAGCGUCCGUCCACCUGCUGAGGCGGGGCGCGAGGCGGAAUGUGGACAGAGAGCUCGUGCAGGGCAGUACUGGGCUUCUUCUCAAGUUCGGUGCGCAGCACAGCCUUGCGAGACACGGGAGCCGCUCGACGCCGGAGGAUGGUUUUCUUAAUGCUCUUCGUCCGCUUCUUGGUCCUUGGAGCUCUGUGUGCCAGUGUGAGUCAUGGCCUGGACAUCACCUCGACCGGUUCAGCGACCUUUGAGAAAGCCAGCGGGGAGGCUGUCAUGCUGAGCUGCCAGUUUAAUCUGGCCCCCGAAGACACAGGACCCCUGGACAUCGAGUGGAGCCAGCUAGCCUCUGACAACCAGAAGGAGGAUAAAGUGAUCAUCCUGUACUCAGGGGACCGGGCAUAUGAGGACUACAAUCCUGCCAUGAAGGGCCGGGUGCACUUCAACUCGCCCGACCCCAAGAAUGGUGAUGCCUCUAUCAACCUGACCAGCCUGCAGCCCUCAGACACGGGCACAUACCAGUGCAAAGUGAAGAAGGCACCAGGCAUCCGCAGCAGGAAGAUGCAGCUGACUGUCAUGGUCCGGCCCUCCAAACCUGCAUGUUCCACCGUUGGACCUUCCCACUUGGGCAAAGAUGUGCAGCUAAAGUGUGUGUCGUCGGAGGGCACCAACCCGGUGCAGUACACCUGGGAGAAGACGAGCGACACCAAGGUGCUGCCUGCCACCGCCGUGAUGGACUCCACCGGAAGCACCCUAAACGUCCGUAACGCCUCAAACAGCGCUUCCGGCACGUACCGCUGCACAGCCAGGAACCGCGUGGGGAUGGACGACUGCACCUUGAAUCUGCGCGUCGUGCCCGCCCCCAACACAGCCGGCAUCAUCGCCGGCGCCGUCAUUGGCGUCCUCCUGGCCCUCAUCCUCAUCGCUAUUAUCCUGUUCUGCUGCUACCGGGCCCGCAACAGGAAGAAGUACGAGAAGGAGAUGUCCUACGAGAUCAAGGAGGACGUACCCCCCCCGAAAAGCCGAGUGUCGACGGCACGGAGCUUCACCAGCGUGGGGAGCCAGCGCUCCUCCGUGGGCUCCAUGUCGCCCUCCAACCUGCACGAGUACGCCGCCAAAUCCAUGUACAACGCGCUUCCCUCAGAGGAGUAUGACCGGCCUCCCAGCCAGGCCCCAGUGGCCCCCCUGUCCCGCACGGCCGGCCCCAACCUGAGCCGCAUGGGCGCCGUGCCUGUCAUGGUGCCGGCGCAGAACAGGGACGGCUCAAUCGUGUAAUGGGCCGAGGGCCGGGGCUCCCCAACAGCCGCCACGGUCGAGUCGCAGUCCGACGCCAAAUGAGAACCACCGUGCGACUGUAGCAAACAGCAACUCGAGAAUUGGACCGGAGGGCAAGAGGGCAGCCGGCCCCUCGUGUCUCUGUACAUAUGGGAACGCAUGAAUACUUCAUCUGCCUGCUCAGUAGAGCUCAUGAAAUAUUACAUCCAGCAAUUUAUAUCCAUGUUUUGCAUAUUCAAGGACUUUUCCACGGUGGAAAUGGGAUGUUAUGUAUGAGUAAUUUUCUACCAUCUUUCUCUAGAUUGCUCAGAGGUACCCCUCCCUUAAAAGAUGUUACCACAUCUGUGGUUUUAAAAAGCUGUUCAUAUAUGUGAUUUCUACAGGGUAUUAAGGGAAAACAGAUUGGUUUUUACAAUGUUUUAAAAUUUAAACAGCUUUAAACGCACCCUCACGUUAACAGCGAAAGAUUCCAUUUAGUUUGUACCUGAGUAAAUUUAUACAACAUUUACUUUUGAGUUAACUGGAGUGGCCUCUAUGCUCAGGACUGCAUUUUAAGGGAUGGUCAGUCUUCCAGAAUUUUCUGAUCACACGGUCAUCACUCUGUUCUGUGCUAUGAACUGUUUAAAGGUGGGUGGUGGUCAGGUCUGAGUAAAUCCAUGGAGCAUCCCACACCGCCUGUCUGACCUCUGUACAACCCCCCCCCCCCCCCCCAACUUUGUCUGCAUUCCAGGGCUCAAUCCUCUGAUCCUAGGACAGUCCCAGUAAUUAAUCUGCUGCUUUGCGUAGAGCACAGUGGAAGGGGUGUCAUCGCAUUGUCCCGCAGGCGCAGUUUUAACCCUCUUAAUAGAAUGUUUGGUUUCCACUUUCCUCGGGUAAUAUGAAGUGCUUAGUAAUUUGCACAGCUUCAAAUUAUUAUUAUUUUUUUUAAAUGAAGCGUUUUUCAAUCCACAGAAAAUUAUCUGACCGCCUCUGUAAAUAUCUUCAAAUUAAGAUGUGGGGUUUUAAGUGAUUUUUCAGCUGGGAAAGUGAUUCGGUCUGUGUGCUCCCCGCCCUCUGGCACUGUCCUGUUGGUGGCUCCAUCCUGUGAGUAGACGCAGGAUGGGUCUCUGCCCCAUCGGUGAGCCGGCGCUAGGAGCUAGGCGCUGUCCCAGGUCACAUGACCUUGUCAUGGGACACACAUUCUUUUCUAGUACUCCUGGCAUGUGACCCCUGAACCCUUGAGACCUCGGAUGCUCGGUUGUUGAAUUUUAGCCCAUUUGUUGGACACUUCAUGUAUAUUUUUCACUUUGUGAUUUGUAUUGUACCUGGUAUCUGCCUGUUGCCAAUAUUAGAUCGAUACUCCUUGGUAUUUAUCAUCACGCAGAUGGUUUGUUUAAAUGAGCUCCACAGCUGAUCACCAGCCCCAGUGUGUGUGUCUGUCGGCCACGACACUGCAUGUAGCAGAUGAGACUUUUAAAUAAAACCAUUAAGCCCCCCAACAUUUUAAAGGACAGAGUGGGCUAAGAGGCAGUGUGGAGAGUCACGCUGAAGAUCAUCCAAGCUUAAAGUGGUGUGGGCCCCUCCCCCGCUUCCUGUCACUGCAGGCAUGUCUUCAGGCUGCCCGGGGGGUCGCCAUGCACAGAGCCGUCUACCCACCUGCCUGGCAUGAGGCGGUGAAAGCCCCAUGUGUUUCUUCAGAGUUACACCUUGUGGUUUCUUCAAGGUUUUGCAUCUACCUGCUUAGUACUUGAUUACACCAGCUAGCUCACAGAAGCACAGAUGUUUCCAGACGCUUGUACCAUGUGUUAAGGGCACCUUGGCUGAUAGGCCAUUUGCUGCAGUCUUUCUGGAGGAGGGGCAGGUUCUCACUGCUUAAGCCCUAGUUUGUCAAGAUUGAGAUGGAGACCCUUGAUUGAGAUGGAGACCCUUGAUUGAAACCACUUUGGUGAGUAAAUCUCCCACAUUUGCCUGAUUUGAAACCAAAUGCCCCUUUUGUUUUAGCUUCUAGAAUGAGCCACAAAUGAGUUUCUAGUACAAUCAACAGAGGACCAUAAAAUCAUUUGUGGGGAUGUGUAGCCUCACUUAGGAACAAUAUACUAACGAUCUUUAUAGUUUAAAAUGUAUACUAAUAUUAUAUAAAGGCUCUCUAUUCUUCUGGUGUGUUUGCACAUUGUCAAACCUUUUUUGCUUGUACUUCUGUGCUGUAUUUUUAAAUAAAACCGAUAAGAUGUA